CCCAUCCAUCCACGCGGCGUUUUCCUCCGCGAUGGGAUGGCGCGCGCCCUGUGGCUGGGCUGCGGAUGUCUGCUUUGGCGCGCGGGCGAAGGUCGCGCGUUGCCUGCAAAGAACGAGCUGGCCAAUGCGUGCUACUUCACCUACCGCAUCGGCUACGUGAUUUGCGACACCUCGCUGGGCCCGGAAGAGGCCCAGAGGGAGAUGGAGGCGGGGAGAUGUAACGAGGACUUCCGUGUCAUGGGCUCCGACUUCCAACGCCUCAUCCUGCAGCACUACGAAGGAGACGGCCGGCCUCCUCUGGAGGAGGCCAUGUGGCUCUUGACCUCCCCGGACCACUUCCAGCACCGCACGCUGGACGAGUGCCCGCCGAUGCAGAUCCUGGCGAACCUGCUUUACGGAGAGGCCUUGUUGCACAUGGACGGCGCCUCCAAACUCGGGGAAUCCGCGCAGCUGGCGGCUCAGGCCAUGCAACACACGCGGCAAGUGCAGCCCGAGGUGUUGCAGGCGCUGUCUGCGACCUGGCCCCUGGAUGUGGCGGCCAGGCGCUUCCAGGAGACCUAUCUGGCCGCGCAGUCCGCCGCCGCCGCGCGGGACAGCGACUUCCGCAUCGAGGCGGUGAUUUGCCGAUGCCACGAAGACCUGGGGUGGUGGAUGGAGGUCCUGGCCAACGUGCCGAGCAAGUUGUUCAUAUACGAGAUGUGCUCCGAAGGUCAUGAAGCACUGGAGGAGGUGGGGCUAUGCAAGGUGACAAGGAUUGGUCGACCAGCUGCAAAGGAGGUUCAGCCCGCGAGAUCAAAGAUCAUCUUGCGGCACUUGCUGGACUACGGCUUGGACUCGAGCUUCGUCUUGGUUUUGCCGCCGGCCCCAUCUGAAGCGGAGCGGCAGCUACAGAGCUUGGUCUGGAAAAGCCUGGCCAGCAGGACCCUCGAGGUGGAGUUCCUGGCGCUGGGCAUCUCGAGGCCGGCGCCAAAGCCGAAGUCUCCCUGUCAGCGCAGCAUCUUGCAGCACUUCCAGGUUCAGGGCAAUGUGCUGGGCUACGAAGAGCCCUACUUUGUGGUGAGCUCCAAGCGCCUGCGCGGCUCAGUGGCACGGCUCCGGUUCCUCGAGGAGAUUGAGUCGAGCGCGAGCUGCGGACUGGACCAGGCGAUGUCUGGCAUGUGGCACGUGGCUUUUGGCGAGCGCGGUUUGCUCCCGAGCCGCGGGGAGGACCAGCAAGUGCCCUCCUUCCUGCGAGCCCUGGACGGGCCCUCGGGCUUUUGGAGGACGCGCAUGCCCAAGAGCUCAGACUAUUUGUCCUGGGCGGUCACUGGCUUGGACGACUGAGCGGACGUCAGGUAUGUAUUCAGGAUUUCAUGUGCGCCUGCCUUUUGAGUUGGGUAAAGGUCAAAAUAGGGGGCCCGCAAUGGUGGUG